AAUCAUUUGCGUUUGGUGAUCCCACGCUACUAGUUGGGAGGUGUCUUCAUAUAAAUAUUAUUAAUUAAACAUAAUUUAGGCCCCAUGGCGAAACUUUGGGUACGGUUUUUAUUAGGAGGUCUGGCUUUACUUGUGGCCAUUGGCUAUAAAAAGUAUGGAGAGCUUGCUGCACCCGGAAAGAGGCCCGAUCUCGACAAUAACGCCUACUGGGGUCCAAAGUUGAAAGGACCCUACCGGGAGAAUAAGGCUAUCUUGCCCUUGGACAUCAGCGUCAAGCCAGAGGUAAUUGAAGACCUCAGAAGCCAGCUAAGUCGCCCUUCGAAAGCACAGCCUCCAUUGGAAGGGGUGGCUUUUGAAUACGGAUUCAAUGCUAAUGAACUGGCCAAGAUGAUUAAAUACUGGAGAGAUACCUAUCUGGUCAAGUGGAACGAACGCGAGCAGUAUCUUAAGAAGCUAGAUCACUUCCAAACGGAGAUUCAGGGUUUGAAAAUACAUUUUAUUCACGCCAAGCCCAGCCAGGUGAAAGGCCAGAAGCCCAAGAAGGUGCUCCCCCUGCUCCUUAUGCACGGAUGGCCGGGAACUGUUCGCGAGUUCUACGACUUCAUCCCACUCCUGACCACUCCAAGUGAUAAGAGCGACUACGUCUUCGAGGUUAUUGCUCCCAGUCUUCCGGGCUAUGGAUGGUCUCAGGGCUCUUCAAAAACUGGAUUUGGUGUUGCCCAAGCUGCUGUGGUGAUGCGCAAUUUGAUGCUCCGUCUGGGAUUCGAGAAAUUCGUGGUGCAAGGAGGUGAUUGGGGUUCUAUAAUCGGAUCCAAUGUGGCAUCACUUUUUCCCGAGAACGUACUGGGUUACUAUUCAAAUAUUUGCGGAAACCAUAGUCCCCUUGGCCAAAUUAAGAUGAGUCUGGAAUGGAUUUUCCCCAGCUGGUUUGUAGACAGCAAGUACACAGAUUUUUACAAGGGAUUGGGUCACCAUGUGAACACCAUUUUGGAGGAAAUGGGAUAUGCUCACAUACAGGCCUCCAAACCCGAUACAAUUGGCAACGCCCUGAUCGACAAUCCAGCUGGACUGGCAGCUUAUAUUAUCGAGAAAUUCUCCACAUGGACAAACCCUUCAUAUAAAUCACUCCCCGAUGGCGGAUUAACCAAGAGAUUCACCUACGAUCAGCUUUUGGAUAAUGUGAUGAUCUACUACCUAACCAAUUCCAUUACCACUUCUAUGCGAAUGUACUCGGAGUCCAUGGUUGCAUCGCAGUUUGCUUUGAAUGUGGAUGGCGUCCCCAUUACGGCCAAAGCAGGCUGCAGUCGAUUCGUCCAUGAGGUUCUGCACACCUCCGAUUCGGUUUUGGCCAACAAGUUCCCCAACCUGAUACACAGCACCUACCAUUCGGAUGGCGGACACUUUCCUGCUUUUGAACUGCCUCAGCAGCUUUACGAUGACUUUAUUAUUUACAUCCAAAAGGCUGAGUUCUAAAUAAGGAAUUUAUUAUCUACAAGUGCUAAGAAUAAACUGUUCAUUUUUAUUUUAAAAAAA